AUGUGGCGGCCUACGUUAACAAUUUUUCGCAAGGUGAUUCUGCCUUCUAUCAAAGAAAAUGCAACAGUCUCCAAAGUCCUAUAUUCAAGUAAAGCUAAGCUCCCCAAAUCCACCGCAAAGUUAACCUUAGUCAGCGCCAGUGUCGGGAUACUGAUUGGUGCAGGUUAUGGAGGUUACACCCACUAUAAAGUCAAUGUGAAGAAGAGAAAUAAUGCAGUCGAAACCGAUGAAUACGCCUUUUUAAAGGAGGCACCAGAAUACAAGGCACAUUAUAAGGUGAUAAACGAAGCUGAUACAAGCAAUUUACAUUUAGUACUUUUUCAAUAUCGAACAUGUCCAUUUUGCUGCAAAGUCCGCUCAUACUUAGAUGCAAAGGGUAUCAGUUACGAGGUAGUCGAGGUGGAUGCUGUUUUGCGACAAGCCAUCAAAUGGUCAGGAUAUAAGAAGGUUCCUAUUUUGCUUGCCAAAGUUGACGGUGGAUACCAGCAACUUCUCGAUAGUACUGCAAUAAUAUCAGUUCUUGAGACGUAUUUGAAGGACAAAGCUUUACAUCUUCGUGAAAUUAUAAAGUACUAUCCUGCGACUAGAUAUGUGAACGAUUCAGGGAAAGAGAUGACAGAUAUAACGAAUAAGUAUUUCGUCAUGCAAAACGCUCCAACUGAUGAAAGAAGGAAAGCAAUCGAAAUGGAAGAACGUGAGUGGCGUAAAUGGGCAGACAAUGUACUGGUUCAUAUGUUAUCUCCAAAUGUUUAUCGCACUACUGGUGAAGCUAUUGAGACAUUUAAGUGGUUUGAAGAUGUGGGUGGCUGGCGAGAUUUUUUCCCUGGAUGGGAGGUAGCUCUGAUGGUGUAUGGAGGUGCUGCGGCCAUGUGGGUUAUUUCUAAGCGGCUUAAGAAGAGGCAUAACAUUAAGGAUGAUGAGAGACAGUCCCUGUAUGAUGCAGCCAACGAUUGGAUGAAGGCUGUAGAGAAGAAAGGCACCUCAUUCCUGGGUGGUGAAAAACCAAACUUAGCAGAUAUUAGUGUGUUUGGGAUCUUGAGUAGCAUUGAGGGUUGCCGAGCUUUCCAAGACCUUAAGAACAACACUACUAUUGGAAAUUGGUUUGAUAAGAUGAAAAACCAUUUAGAAACAACCAAAGGUAGAGUUAUUCCUCUCAAGAACUAA